CUCUCUCUCUCUCUCUCUCUCUCUCUCUCUCUCUCUCUCUCUCUCUCUCUCUCUCUCUCUCUCUCUCUCUCUCUCUCUCUCUCUCUCUCUCUCUCUCUCUCUCUCUCUCUCUCUCUCUCUCUCUCUCUCUCUCUCUCUCUCUCCUCAACUCUCAACCACUGGAUGGUAUAUCAGUUCACACAGCAAGAAGCCAAGGACCCACCGAGGCUGUCACUUGGAAGAGGUCAUUGUUGUUGCAUCCAGCAUCCCAGCCUGACUGCCUAGACAGGUCCCGCAGGUUGCUGAAUGGCAGAGGUGCAGGCUGCUCCACAGCAAGAUGUGAGACCAGUGUGGCAGAGUAUGAUGUGUACACAAUGAGGGACACACUGUAGCCAACCCAGUAGAUUACCCGUGCUGCAGUGCUGAUUGGGUCCUCACCUUGUUGUAGGAGAGCUGACAACAUGUACCAGCCAGCAGCAACUCCCAUGCUAACAGGCUUCUCCCCCGUGGGUAUGUAGCACCUCUGGAGUCGCUCGAUGAAGAAGAGGAUGCUGGCGAGGCCUGUCGUGUUAGCCGGGAUGCGCCGGUACAGAGCUGUGUCCGUUGGGGUUGUGUAGGCAAGCAUCUUCUUGGCAAGGUCCUCGUAGGUGGCCGCAAACAGUUUACGGCUGUGGGAUGAGAACUUGUCUUGUGAAUGUGACGUUGGGAGGAGGGAAGCACAGGGGAGGAGGAGGACGAGGAGGAAGAGAGUGAAGAGUCACAAGAGGAGGAGGAAGGUGGAAAGAAAGAGGAAGGAGAGGAGGAGGAGGAGGAGGAGGAGGAGGAAGAUGGAGAAGGAAAGGAGAAAGAUAAGAAGGAAGGCAAUGUAGAAUGGAGGCGUCCUUGGUUUAUGUUCAGUAAAGCCCCGUAUUCUUGUCAUGGCAAUGUAGAAUGGAGGCGUCCUUGGUUUAUGUUCAGUAAAGCCCUGUAUUCUUGUCAUGGCAAUGUAGAAUGGAGACGUCAUUGGUCACAUACUGUUCUAAUGUAUGUGCACUUGCCACGCUGUUCACCAGGCAAAAGGCGUUGCAGAAAGAGCGCGAGAUCACUGUGUUGUGGGAGAAGACAGAGUCCCUUAGUGGUCAGCUGGUGACGGUCCACAACCACAGCCACUUUGAAGAGAAUGGCCUGAGCCACGACCACCUUGCUCAAGAAAAUAUCACGUUGACAGAGCUGAUUAAACAACUAGAAGAUAACCUCAAACUUUCAAAGAUAGAAAUCAAAAACAUCACAAGACAGAAUAGUGAGCUGCAUGCACUUAUCACAGAGUAUAAAGUCACUCCCUCAGAGGAAAAAGACAAGGAUGGCACGUCUUCAUGUGAGAACUCAGAAGCUAAAUGUACAGAUACCAAGGGGAAAUUGCUGGGUCAAGUGGCUACACUGACAUCUGAGGUUAGCAGGUUGGAGAGUGAGUGCAGCAGUCUUCAGGUUCAGCUAGACUGUGAGAGGGAUAAGUAUAACAAACUGCUGGGAGAAUCUCUUGCUCAUGAAAAGUUGUCUGAAGAUGUCAUAACUGAACCAAAAGGAGAAACAACAGGAUUGGGAGGAACUGAGCUUUAACAGAAGCUGCAACAACUGCAGGAGGCUCACAGGGUCCUGGAGAGCAGGUUAACUUGCAGCAUGAAGGAGGUGGCAGAUUAGUGAUUUCUGCUGCAUCUCACACACUUCUUAUUCAAUUGCUUGCAGGAUUUGAUAUCAAAGCUGGUGCAGGAAAAGGAAGCAGAUCAUGACCUUCAGCAGCUCGAGAAGAUAAGCAGCGUCCUUAUAUAUAUGUUAUAUAAAUAUGUUCCUUUCACUAUAAUAUAUUAUAUGUAUUAAAAACUGCAUGGAAUACUACUGUAUUCCAUGCACUUUGUAUUCCAUGUACUCGUAUUCCAGCCACUCAGUCUCCUACUGAGUGGCUGGGGUUUUCCAAAAGUGAGGGUUGGUGUUCUAUACCAUACCAUGUGCCCUGUUUGUAUUCCUUCUCUAUCCUCUGUAUUAUAUUCUAUGUAAAGAUGGUGCUAGGGUGGGAUCUACUUCUUAUUCCCUAAAAGUGAUGAGGAGUGACACUGGGCAGCAUUAAUUUGCUCCUUAGAGAUGGCUGGGUUCCUGUGGAUGAGUGGGCCAUGCUGUGCUUUGUCAAGGAUGGUGUUUGGUAUUGUGAUGACUCUUGCCACAAUCAAGUGUCUCCCACAGAGUAGUGGAGUACCUAUGUAUGGUGUUGACCCAAGCUGUCCAGGUCUCAUCCAAUGCCUUAAUAUGAUUUAGAUGAUCAAAAUGGUUUAACUCACCAUUUAAUCAGCUGACUGAUUUGAAUGGAGAAGUAUGUAAUGUGUUGUAGCCUAACCAUCCCUGCCAGCAUGGUCAGACUCUUGGUAGUAACCUGAAAUGCUCCUAGGUAGUGAGUAUCAUUGCACAUAAUGAUCUUUACUUUGUCAGUAAUUCAAUGAUACUGAAUAUUACUCUACUGGAUUUUGCUCAGCACUGCUUGGUAACUUUUGGCCAUAAUCCCAGGUCUGGAAUGAUAUGAAGCCAUGUUUUUACAUUCCAUAUGAGACAGGCAAGCACUAUGCUUUGCCUGACUGAUACCUGUACUUUGCAUUUAUGACCCCAGGUAGUUCAUCACUCUCUCUCUCUCUCUCUCUCUCUCUCUCUCUCUCUCUCUCUCUCUCUCUCUCUCUCUCUCUCUCUCUCUCUCUCUCUCUCUCUCUCUCUCUCUCUCUCUCUCUCUCUCUCUCUCUCUCUCUCUCUCUCUCUGUUUGGAAUUAUACUGUAUAUUAGGAAAUAUCAUUAAAGAGUGUGUGUGUAAAAAGUGUUUGCAUUAUUGUGCAUUUGAUGUUGGUUUCAUGAUUUAUAAAGAUUGCUAUUUUUAAUAAAGUUAUUGAAAUUGUUA